AUGGAAUAGUAAGCUGCAGCAACUCAAGAGAAAACCCAAAAUUAAACACAAGCAUCAUCUGCUUAAUAACCUUAGGCUCAAGCAUAAAAACCAAAGACAGUCUUAUCUGAAAUCAAACUCCAAAUUUUAUUAUUAGAAAAGGCAGUCAGUUCUAAAGACAUCAAAGCAAUUCAAAAAGUAUCGAUCUUUGUGAAAAAGUUCAGAAAUACUGUAAAGUCUCAUCAUUUGGCCAAACUCUACACCGCAUUCUUUCCCAAUGUAGCAGCAUAAUAAGGAAAUGAUUUCGAUGCCAAUUUCAACGAAGAUUUAGGUUUGAGUACUUAAGUGGUGUCCAAGUUAAGUAAAAUAAUUGAAGUGAAUGUAUUUAUUCAAUGCCUUUAUCUCAUUUGGCUGUUUUAAUAAAAAUAAGUUGAAGCAUACGAAUAGUUGAAUGUUAUUGGAAAAUAAUUAUUAUAAUAAGUUCAAUAAAAUAACAAAAGAUAUUUAGAUACUCUAUUAGGAGUCAUCUAUGAAUAUUUAUCAAAAUCACAUGAGAAAUUAGGCAAACUAGAUUAAAUCAGAGAUGUCCUAUUUGAAGGCUAUAGAAAUGCUUGCUAAAAUAGAGAUGAAAAUGGUUAAGCCAUUUUAAUAAACUUAAUUUUGAGAAACUUUAUUCAUUACAAUUAGUAUGAAUAGAGUUAUAAUUUCUUAAAAAAGACUGAAUUCCCUGAACAUGCUUUCGGAAAUCAGCAGGCAAGAUUCUUAUACUAUACUGGACUCAUCCAUGCGAUAAGAGGUGAAUACUAAGAAGCCUAUAAGAAUCUUACAUAAGCAAGUCAUAAGGCUCCAGAUAAUACAGCCUUUGGAUUCAAAGUCUAAGCCAUCAAAGUGAUUGCUUUAGUCGAAUUGUUACUAGGUAACGUUCCAAAUAGAGAUACUUUCACCUCCCCUGAAUAUCAAUAGGCUCUGUAUCCUUACUAUAGGAUUGUUUCAACUGUUAUCAAAGGUAAUUUGGGGGAAUUCCAACAAGAAGUGGCAAGAUCAGAAAAUAUAUUGAGAAGAGACAAACUAUUUAAUUUAAUCUAAAGAUUGCCAUAAAUAGUCAUUAAGGCUGGUCUAAGAAGGAUUAACUUAUCCUAUUCUAGAAUUUCCUUGAAUGAUAUUCAUGAAAAAUUAAAUCUUCCAAGAUAAUGCAAUGCAGAAUAAGUUGUUGCCAAAGCUAUAAGAGAUGGCACUUUAGCAGCAGUCAUCGAUCACGAGAAUUAAAUAGUUAUAACCAAAGAAACCAAUGAUCUUUACGGAACCAAGGCUCCUUAAGAAGCUUAUGGAGAGAGAAUCAAUAAUUGCUUAGGACUCUACAAUUAGGCUGUUAAAGCUUUAUAAUAUUAAAAUCCAGAAUAUGAUUAUGGAGAAAAGUAGGCUGAUGAUGAAUUAACAACUGAUGAAUUAUUAAGUUUAGCUGAGCUUGACUUUUGAGUAGCAUAAAAAUGUAUA